AUGCAUCGUUUGCCUUUGAGGCCAAUCAUCGGGUUCCUGCUCAUUGGCCUGAUCCUGGGGCCGGCUGGCGCAGAUGUGAUCCGGCAUAUCGAGGUGAGCCAUCGAAUUGCCGACUUCGGCAUCAUCUUCUUCCUCUUCGAGACUGGGCUAGAGCUUUCAGUCAAGAAGGUCGUUUCCAUGAGAGGUGAUGUCUUUGGUCUCGGCAUGGCCCAGUUUCUGAUCACCGGUGGCCUGUUGUCCCUCCUCUCGCCUUUGAUCUCGUCUCAGCUGUCAACCGGAGCCUCCUUGCUGAUGGGGGGCGGCCUGGCGCUGUCAUCAUCGGCCUUUGCUCUCCAGCUCCUGCGUGACAAGCGCCAACUGGGCACUCGCUUCGGACGCGCGUCCUUGGGUGUGCUUCUGUUUCAGGACAUGGCAGUCGUGCCACUGCUGGUGCUGGCACCAUUGUUGGGUGACCCCGGUGGCGCUGCAUUGCCGGUGGCCAUAGCCGAGUCAUUCGGCAAGGCCGUGCUAGCUCUCGGCAUAGUCGUAGCAACCGGCCAUUUCUUCCUUCGGCCGCUCUUGGCAUUCGUGAAGCGCUCAGACUCCUCGGAGGCCUUCCUGGCUGUCACCUUGGGGACGGUGUUGCUGUCCUCCAGCCUGACGCAGGCCUUCGGGCUCUCGGAGACCCUGGGCGCUUUUGUCGGAGGCGUCCUCGUGGCGGAGACCGAUUACAAGCACCAGAUCGAGGCGGACAUUGCGCCGUUCCGAGGCAUGCUGCUGGGCCUGUUCUUUGUCACUGUGGGCUUCUCCUUCGAUUUGUCUGUGCUGACUCACCACUGGCUUACCGUGGUGCCGCUGCUGCUGGCCGUGCUCGUGCUGAAGGCUUUGGUGGUUGUCGUGUUGGGACUUUGGCAUGGCCUCUCCGAUGCCUCCUCUCUUCAGGCCUCUGCCCUGUUGGCUCCGGGUGGGGAGUUUGCUCUCGUGCUCUUUCGGCUUGCAGAGCACGUCCUAUCCUCGGGGCUUUUGCCCGGAGUGUGGCAGGUCACAACUUCCGUCAUCUCUAUGGCGGUAACACCUCUACUGGCGGCCGGAGCAGACGGGGUCGCACGCAGGUAG